ACCAACAACAAUGUUCCCCUUUGCGCCACUAAGAAGGAUACCAUUUAGGAUAUCCAACAUAUCACGAACUGUUCGCAAUGCAAGUACAGCCACAAAACCCAAGGGGAUAAAAGCACUUACCAAAGCCUAUGGUCUCCCUGCCCUUGGUAUCUACCUUGGCCUUUCAUGUAUUGAUUUGCCAAUCUGUUAUAUAUUUGUUCAUUCAAUGGGCAGUGAGAAGAUUGAGAUUUAUGAAAACAAAGUUAAGAAUGUGUUUGGUUAUGGCGUGAGUGAAGAAGAAGUUUUAAGACGUCAAGAACUGAGAGUUAAAGAAGUGGUUGUCGAAGAUAAAGAACAAAGUCUUUGGAAAACCGUGGUCAACCUGUUUUCAUGGACGGAGUUUGCCAUUGCCUACGGGAUCCACAAGAGUUUGAUCUUUAUUAGAUUGCCCAUUACUGCAGCCAUUACCCCGGCUGUAGUAAGAACAUUGGCCGGAUGGGGAUUUAAUAUUGGUAAGGGUGUAGUGAAAACAACCUCCGCGGGUGCUGCCGGUACCACUGUCAAGGCAUUUGAUGUCACUGCAUCCAACCCUAAAUUUGGUACAAGACCUACAUCAAAGAAAAAAUGGUGGUGGUUUUUCUAAAUUUCGUGUAUAUACAAUAAAUAUUAUGCAAAUCUUCUAG